AUGGCCGCAACACGAGCGGUCUCCGCCAAGGUCUUUAUCGAAAUCCAAGCGGCCACGCCGUACGAGCAUGUGGCUGUCAAGUCGCCCGACACGUACGUGGUGGUCAAGGUCAACGCCAAGGAGGUCCACCAGACCAAGCGGAUUAACAACUCGCGCCAGCCCGUGUGGGGCGAGGGCGAUGACCGUGCCUUCUCCGCCACCGUCGGCCGCAACGACAUCCUCUACUUUCAGCUCGUCGACCACAACACCCUCCGGAAGGAUAUUGUCCUCGGCGACGGCCUCCUCCGCAUCGCAGACCUAGAGCGCAUGAAGGUCGGCGCCACAAACUGCCGCGUUCCCAUCCAGCUGCACUCGGACUCGGCCAUUGCUGAUCCGACCCAGCAGCUGCCGCUCAUGUGCAAGCUCAUCCUCCACAUCGACGUCUCGCAGCUCAUCGCCUGUGGCGUUAUUACCCCCGUCGCCAACCGCGCAGACGCCGCCGCCACCGCCACAGGCACCAAGCCCACAGAGCCGCAGGCGCCCGACGCUGCCGUCCUUGCCCUCAAGGAGGCCAACACCAUGUUCAUUACUCUGCUCAAGGCCGGAAACACCGCAGAAAUCGCUGCCCUCUACAACGACGAGGCCCUCCUCGCCCCGCCGCCCGCUGACGCCCUGCCCAUGCCCAUCGUCGUCGGCCGCGCCCGUAUCCGCGCCUUCUGGACCGGCGUCGUCGAUUCAGAGGUUGCAGACUUUGCCUUUGGUGAUGCCCAGUUUGAGCAUGUCGGCCGCGAGGCCCAGCAGUCUGGUCCUUACUCGACCGAGAACGGCACCGGCGUCCGCCGCGUCCACUGGCGCGAGGAUGACGACGGCAACUGGCACAUCGCCCGCGAGUCAUUCGAUGGCCCGCUCCCCGUCCCCUCGGCCGCCACCGCCGCCCUCCUCAACGUUGCCACAUCGCAGCCGUCGUUCUCCUAACAACCCUACCGGUAGUCGUUCCGACAACCGCACCGCAAACACGCAGUGCGACUCG